AUGAUAUCGAAGCAAAGGUUAAGGCUCUUCCUCUUAAUUGUGGUGGCAUUAGUUGGUUUACAUUUUCUCACAACAAACAAUUUCAGGAACCAAGAUUUGCAACGAAUACUUGAUGAAUCGUUGAACAAAAAGCCAGAAAGUUAUGAUCAUAAACAACCAUCUCCUGGGAAAGAUAUUCCUGCAAAGACGAACCAACAAAUCAAUUCCAAACAACAGCCCGAUUCAACAAAGGUCAAACUAAAACCAAAACCAAAAAACCCAAAGCUUGAUGAUUAUACUAUAUUUUUUGAUGAUCUUGAGAAAUACAAGAUAAACCAACCAUCCAUCAAGGGAAAAUACAAAGAAAAAGAUCAGAAAGCAAAGGAACUCUUCUCCACUGAGGGCUCCUUCUUGUUUAAUAAAGAGUAUCUUGAAAAUGUGUUGGACAUAUCUGAGACAACUUUUGAGGAAAUGAAAGCCAGUCACACCAAAUACGUCAAUGAACGUAUACCUCAGCUUUUGAAUGAAGGAGUUGUAACUUUCGGUAAAAUGGUCCCUAGUGAUCCCGAUUGGGAAAUUUAUGAAGGUUCAUCGGGAUAUGUCUUGGUUGGUGGAGGCAGAUAUAGUUGGUUGUCGUAUCUUGUUAUCAAACAAAUACGUGCCACAGGUGCACAAUUACCAAUAGAAUUAUUUCUUGCAACAGAAGAUGAUUAUGAAAAGAGUUUUUGUGAGCACAUUUUGAGAACCUACAAUGCAAGAUGUAAUGUAUUUGACAAAAAAUUGGCUGAAGAUUUACUGACUAGAUUCAACAUUGGUGGUUAUCAAUACAAAAUGCUUGCGUUGUUGAGCUCGAGGUUUGAAAAUGUAUUGUAUUUGGACUCAGACAAUUUUCCAACAAGAAAUGUUGACUACAUAUUUGAUUCCGACUUGUACAAAAAAAAUAAUUUGAUAUUAUGGCCUGAUGCUUGGGCUAGAACUACCAACCCUAUGUACUAUGAUAUUGCCAAUGUGGAAGUGAAGGAAAAUAAACUCAGAUACAGUGCAUACGAUGUUAAACAAGCUGGAGGAAAAGAAAACCUUCGUCCUUUGUCUGAGUUCACUUUUGAGAACUCAUGGUUCCAUGAUUUCGAAGGAACUUUACCUGAUCCUACGUCUGAAACUGGAAUGUUUGUUGUCAACAAAACCAGUCAUUUGAAGACUUUGCUUCUCUGCUUGUACUAUAACGUGUUUGGUCCAGAUUAUUAUUACCCAAUUUUGACACAAGGAUCCGCAGGUGAAGGUGACAAGGAGACAUUUAUUGCUGCUGCCCAUGCGUUGAAUGAGCCAUGGCAUCAAACUUUGAAGCAAUUCCAAUGGACCGGUUAUCAUUCAAAAGCAUCGAAUUCCUUUACCUCAAAAGCAUUGGCACAUUAUGACCCAGUUCAAGCAUCAACAGACACCAAGGGUGUGGAUAUUAUUUUUAUGCACUUGUCCUAUCCAAAAUUCUAUCCUAAUUGGUUAGUCGACAAUCAUGAUCUUGUUUACCAAGAUUCUGGUGAGCAUAUACGUAUGUAUGCCGGUGUGAGGGAAAAUGUUGGCUAUGACUUUGAUUUACGUGUAUUGCAGUUUUUCACUGAAAGUAUUUGUCCUAACUAUUACGGACCUAACGGGAAGGCAAUUGAUGAAGAUGUUUCCUUAACCAAAGGUACAACGUACAUGGGAGAUUAUCUUCAGUAUAUCAAAGACGAAGAGCAAAACAAUAUCAAACGAUGCGAGGAAGUGUUUAUUCCGCAUUUAAAAUGGCUAAAGGAGACGAAUAAUGUUAAGGAGACAAAAAAAGAUGAGAAAGCCUAA